GCCGGCUGCUAUUCCACACGUCUCGGCAGACGUCUCCUUUUCAGUUUGACUUUUCCUGCCCUCGCGAUCGAAGUCGCGAGUAGCACAGCACGGGCCUACGGCGCUUGUAAUCGCCUCGAGUAAAACUUCCAGUCCUCCGCAGUCAACUCGGAGCCAUGCAGCUAUCGAGAUAGCGACGAGCGACACACAGUAAUUGAGCCAGGAACGACUUAAUUAGCGAUCCCGAGUGCGGCGGCCUAGUGGUGCGUGAAAACGAAUGCUGAGCGCGUUCGGGCGACCUAUGCCACUUACCGGAAUAAUAAAAUGACGAGACUGCUGGUGUUGUGCGCGCUGCUGGCGUGCCUACUGCUGGACCAAGCUCACGCCUGGGACAACGAGGAGCUCGAGGUCUUCGACGUCGUCGAGGAGGUCAAUCAGAACUUUUACGAGCUGCUCGGCGUGCCGCAGAAUGCCAAUUCUUCAGAUAUUAAGAGAGCUUUUCGUAGGCUAUCAUUAGUACUUCAUCCAGACAAAAAUAGUGCAGAUGAUGCUGAAGUACAGUUCAGAAAUCUGGUAUCGGUUUACGAUGUACUCAAAGAUUCAAAGAAAAGAGAGUAUUACAAUAAUGUUCUCAUCAAUGGAUUGCCAAAUUGGCGAUCUGCUGUAUAUUAUUACCGUCAUGUACGGAAAAUGGGUAUUUUGGAGCUUAGCAUUAUUUUAUUCAUUAUUAUAACUAUUGGACAGUAUCUAGUAGCAUGGGCUGCUUAUUUUGAAAAAAGAUAUACUUACGAACAAGUAUUAGGUAGCAAACUUCAAAAGCUACAAAAAAAGAAUAGAAAAGGUAAAAUGGAUGUACCAGAUUUAGCAGAAAUUUUAGAGAAGAUUCCUACACCUAGUAUGUGGAAUACACUUCCAUUUCAAUUACCAAAAUGGACAUAUUGUUCAAUUGUUGGCAUUCCAUCUGCUAUUCGUAAUUUAAAUAGAAUAUUAGAAGAGAGGAAACAACGGAAAAAGCAAGAGGAAGAAGAAGCUCUAGCUCAAGAAGAAGAACCAGAACCAGAACCUGUACCACGUGGUCCUCGACGACGAAGACAAGGCUUCACACCUCAAGAACGCAGUGAAUAUCAACAGAAGCAACAAGUAAUUAGAAAUAGUUAUGUUAAACCUAUUGUGGAAACAGAAAAACCUAGGGUUAGCGGUGGUUUGUGGACUGAUGAUGAUAUUUUAGAACUUAUCAAAUUAGUAAAAAAGUAUCCAGGAGGGACACCUGAUCGAUGGGAGAAAAUAGCAGACUUGAUGAAUCGUACUGUUUUUGAAGUAACUCACAUGGCCAAAAAAGUUAAAGAUGAAGGUUUAAAACCCACUCAACCAUCAGACGAUGUUGUAAUUGAAGAAGCACCAAAAAAAGUGAAAACUAGGGCUGAAGUUGUUGAGUCCUUGACUGAAUGGAGUCAAGAACAACAAAAAGCCCUGGAAGCUGCUUUGUUGAAGUAUCCAAAAGGAGCUUCAACCGACAGAUGGGAGAAAAUAGCUGCUUGUAUUGAAGGAAAAACAAAGGAAGAAUGUCAAGCACGUUAUCGAUACUUAGUUGAAAUUGUGAAAAAGAAAACUACACAGUGAUAGUGUCAAAUUUAACAGACAGUAAUUUAGUACUUUUUUACUAAAAAGUUGAACUUGGUGCUGUCAGUUUGUUGUGUUACCAAAUGUCUACUAAUUAAUUUAAAAAAUAUGAAUCGUGCUCUGAUGUUAAUGUAUUUUGUUAUACCUGUUGAUAAUGUAUUUACUGGAGACAAAUUUUAAAACUAAUAUAUUCACAUGAAAUUUCUUUAAACUUAGCUUUUUAUUUUAUAGAGCUCUUGAAUAGCAAUUUAUUUCAAUUUUCAGUGAAUUAAGAAUUAUCAAGUUUUCACUUGAUUUCUAACUCAUGUAUUUUCUUUAAGUAUUUUAUAAAGCUGACGUAUUUAUGUAUAAUAUGCUGUAAAAAUUCAUUCAAAUAUUUUAUACGCAGUAAAAACGUAAUAUAUGUAAUGGUUAAAUUUAAAAAAGAAAUCUAUGAGGUGGAAAAAUAGAAUUAAACAAUAAUUUUUUUAAACA